CUGGCUUGAAGAUAGAAAACACUGACACCUCACCCCCACUUCUUUCUCUCCCUGCUUCAUGGUUUUGGUGGGUAUAUGGAGGAACUCUGACCAAUAACUUCAGAGGUCUGGGGAGAGCAAGGGGCCAGGGGGCCAAGGGCUGGAAAUAAAAGGCAGCUGAGGACCUGUUGCCACAUCAACCUGCUUUUGACACACAUCAGUGUUGACAAGCAAACUCACGAAGACCAAUAUCAUGGUGCAUUUCACAGCUGAGGAGAAGGCUGCCAUCACUAACGUGUGGGGCAAGGUCAAUGUGGAAGAGACUGGUGGAGAAGCUUUAGGCAGGCUGCUGGUUGUCUACCCCUGGACCCAGAGGUUCUUUGAUUCCUUUGGCAACUUGUCUUCUGCUUCUGCUAUCCUGGGGAACCCCAAGAUCAAGGCCCAUGGCAAGAAGGUGCUGACCUCCUUGGGUGAGGCUGUCAAGAACCUGGACAACCUCAAGGCUACCUUCUCCAAACUGAGUGAGCUGCACUGUGACAAACUACAUGUGGAUCCUGAGAACUUCAGGCUCCUCGGGAAUGUACUGGUUGUAGUUCUGGCCAUUCAUUUCGGCAAGGAGUUUACUCCUGAAGUGCACGCUGCUUGGCAGAAGCUGGUGACUGGUGUGGCCAGUGCCUUGGCGCACAAGUACCACUAAAUAUAGACCUGUCUGUGAUGGGGGUCUGUGGGCAAAUGGGGGCCCAACAUUUGCAUGUAGGGAGGGGAGCAAUGGCGUACACACUGCCUUGCAGUCCCAGCCCUUGACCAAUAAAGUGCUUUUAGCCUGGCAA